CUUGGCUCAACUACUCCUACAGAGUGCUGCUACUGUCAAGAAUCCAUAUCGACUGAAGUCAAAAUACCGAAUUACCAUCAUAAACUCCCCGUAGGCACCGCCGGAUGAACGUUUUGGAUCGCGCUGCCACGGAAUGGCAUUCCGGGAAAACUCAUUGCCACCCGCUUGUGCCGGCUCUCCUCAGAAACAACUGGGCUUGACUUCGGCUUCGGAACCCGGGCCAAAAAUCUCUAGUCCAAGGCGGAAUCUGGAGCCAGCCCGUCUACAUACUAGCGCUAAGAUUCGUCCACGAGCUCGGCGAAAAACAUGCGGAUCUCCAAGUCAGUGCCUGGGGGUUGUAUGUGUGUAUGUCAAGAAUCUGUCAGCUUUUGAGACGAGUUGCAGGGUGCAUGUCUGUUGCUGUCGCCGGCAUAGGAUCCAUCACUCAGAAAUGACCAAUGUACAGGUAAGCUUUCACACGCUGCAGCAGGCCAUGUAUCUACUGAUGAUCCUUAGAUGGACAGUAAUGCUACCUGAUCAAAUUUAUCAUCAUUACCUCUGUUAUUACUACUGCGCUACAAAAUCUCUGAUGAUGCUUCUUCCCCCACACCCGCCCGCCGUCCAUAUCCGCCCCUCGUCCACGGAACAGUCCCGCUAUUGUCGCUUUGGCUCCAGCUUCUCCUCACUACGGGCUGCCAAAUACCCGACUUCUGUGGCCGCCAAUGCGGAGAACUGGGUCUACGGCAGUGGAUUCGGCCAUUGACGGCUAAUGCACCGGCAAAAAUAUAGACACGAGCGACUAUACAUAAUAGCAGUGAGGCCAUCACUAAUGUAUACCCGCCAAUCUUUCCGAAAGCCUAGUCUUUCCGAGACGUUUAUUCUUUUUCCUUUCUCUUCUUCUUUCCUCCUUUCUUAUAUCCCAUCCCGUCUCUCUCUCCCCUAGUAAUAGGCGGUACAUUCCACGGUAUAGUCUAUACGCGCGC